AUGCUGAUUCCAUACAUAGUCUCCUACGGCCAUUUUGACCUCGCUCUCAUCAAUAAUCACCGAACUGGGAGAUACUUCUUUGGCGCCGCAGCUACCACCGUUAGCUCCGGAAGGGUCAUGGAACCGGGUGAGGAAGGCGAGGAUAUCCUCUACAGACUCGGCACGGAAUGUGAAGGACUCUUUGAGGAUGUACAUGAUGCCCUAGAGAGCGCAAAAUCCGCGACUGGGCUAGACGAGCUCUGUUCCGACUUUCAGCAGCGAUUUGCAAUAUGGACGGCACACCUCGGCGUCUUUGCUCCCAAGAACCAGUGCCUCGAUACUCGUCUUCGAAACUUCCCAGAUCUCCAAGAUGUUACAGUUCGGUUACUUGACCUUCUCCGCCGAUGUCUGUAUCAGUGGAAGUCGGCCACUGACUCUGCCGUGGAAGAGAACAUACAACAUCUUCAAGUCACUUUACAUGGAAUCGAUGAUACGUUGGCUCGACUGAACAAUCUCGGUGUCACUAUCCGCCAGUCAAGUGCAGACAAAGUCGAUUUGAAAGCCAAGAAACUUGCUUCAGGCUCCAAUUCAACUUUGUUCAGAUAUCUCAGUGCACAGGCCGUACAGACGCUGUAUCCUGGGGCAUCUCAGGCUCUCAAGGACUGGCUUGUCCAAUUCAUGACAGUGAGAUGGGGUCGGGUGAUGCAUCUGAGCAAACGUAACGAGGUCUUAAGUAAACGUCGAGUUACCCAUGCAGCAAUGGACACUAUUCCUGAAGUUGUGCCUGACCUACUCACUUUCACGACACAAAGACCCCAAAAGUUUGCUCAUGCGUCUGAUGUUCCGCUAACCAGCCGCCCGAAAUUCCCUCUCGCCCCAAGCGGCCAGUCCGAUUUAUCUUCCAUCAACAUACAGCACAUUUGGAGCCGAAAUAAACCUCCAGACGAGCUUUCCACUCGGAUUGCCAAGACGAUGUCAGUGCAAAUCAAACAGGGGAACUAUCCAAAACCUCCCGGCAACGACAUGGGCAGCAAUUACUUUCCAUGUCCUUGGUGUUCGGAGUUGAUUGACAGGAGGUUACUUACGGACAACGCAUGGCGGGAUUGUGCCGAGGCAGACAAGGGCUAUCCAAAUUUCUCUCAGUGGUUUGAGCAUAUGCAACUACAUGACCGACGAUGGCAUCAAAAGUUCUACCCCACCCUUACUUGGAUAUGUACAGUCUGUGAAACAGAUAGUCAUGUCUAUGACACACCACAAUCCCUAUACUCCCAUCUCCAGGAGUCUCAUCUGGACGAGUUUACGGAGCCACAGCUACAAACCAUCUCACGCCAGAGUAAGAAGGAGCAGGAAAGAGUCUGGGACGACUGCCUACUAUGUUUGUUUACAGUAGAAGGUGACAAUCAUCCGGAGCAUGAGGCAGGCCAAAAACGGCAAAAGGGACCGCUGACAAAUGAUCACACAAAGAGCCUUAGAACCUCUCUCGCGAUGAGGAGCGCUGGUUCACACGGCCAUACCAGCGUAGCUCUAGCUGCCCGCCCAGAUUCUGACACUGACUCUGAUUCUAGCUCAGAUUCGGAGACCCCCGAGUCGAGUGUUAACAAAGGUCGCUCAAUAGCUGUCGCGAGACACAUUGCGAGUCAUCUGCAGAUGCUGAUGCUCUUGACACUCCGCUUCACUAGUCUGAUGAACGACUCGGGGAAUGACGACGAGGUCAACAGUGAAUCAGUUGAAUGCGACGAGGAGGAAAACCUCCCGAUCAGUGACCCAACGAAUGAUUUGUUGUCUGACUUAGACGACGAUAUGGGCACAGCAUCGCUUCCAGAUGCCGAGACGGACAAGGAAGACGAUAUUCGAAACGACAACGUUGAAGUCCCAGAUUGUGAUAUUGAGAUCAGAAUUCCCUCGAGGUACGACGGCUUGACUGUGAAAGACGAUCAUUUUCUGCAGGGUGUUCUUCAGUCUGGUGCUUAUCAGUCGUGGCGGGACAGCCAUGACGGAGACGAGAGCCAUACGGUACAUGGCAUCGAGGAUGCCAAUCCGGGCCCUGACGAGCGCAACCUCGAGCGGCAGGACUCGGAGGCCUUUCACUGGGCAAAUACUCACGCUUCUGAGAAAUCCCCAGUGAUUGCUUGGGUCAACAGGACCGUAAGGGGCGUUGUCAAUAGGCUCUUUGGUCUGAACCCCGAGUUUGUCGAUGAGACCGACCAGGAAGUCAACCCAGACGGCCUAGCUAAGACUAAAGACGAGUCUGUCAACAAUGUUAAGAAAGACUUUAAAGGCACCCCAGCCGAGCGAUUCUUCAAGAAUAACCCCAAGUUCAUUGAGGAGCUGGCCGAGAAGGCAGCCUCCUUAGCCGAUGACCCAACGACCCCGAUCUGCAACAAGGACCUGCUCCCCAAGACCGUCCAGGUCACCAUGCACCAGAACGUAAUCUACUGUGGUAUUUGA